AGUGGGGGAGCGGGGAAAUAUUCCUUUUAUUAUUGAGCCGACUUCUGUCCGCGUAGGGGUUCCCUGUGCAAACCCAUUCUCCACAAGAAGAGGAGGUGGUGGUGGUGGAGGAGAAAUUCGUUGCUGCCUCCCUCCCUCCCCAGCCCGGCAGCAUGGCAGGGCAAAGCCAGGACGCCCAGGGUCAGGAUGCCAAAAGGGAGGCCAGCUGCUGCCCCGUCAGGACUGCGCCCUCCCAGGCUCUGCUGGCCGCUUUCCUCCUCUCGGUGCUGUCCGUGGCUUCCUGUAUGUAUCUGGGGAUGAAGAUCAGCGACCUUCAGACCAGGGUCUUCCUCAUCGAGGCCGCCCAAGGAGACCUGUCUUCUUCUGCCGCCGCCGCCGCCUACCAGCCGCUGCCCGGCUCUUCUAUGGAUCAGCUGAAUUCCCUGGUGCAGGAAAAAGUGGAGCGACUUCUGGCUCAGAAGUCUUAUGAGCAUAUGGCAAAAGUCAGGAUUGCGAGAGAAGCUCCUCCAGAAUGCAACUGCCCACCAGGUCCUCCUGGGAAACGAGGUAAGCGAGGAAGAAGAGGAGAGAUUGGGCCUCCUGGUCAACCUGGUCCUCAAGGCCCACCUGGUCCAAAAGGCGAGAAGGGAGAUCAAGGUGAUCAGGGCCCACGGAUGGUGUUUCCUAAAAUCAAUCAUGGGUUUCUCUCUGCUGAUCAGCAGCUCAUUAAACGCCGCCUCAUUAAGGGAGAUCAAGGACAAGCUGGACCUCCCGGGCCUCCCGGGCCCCCAGGACCAAGAGGUCCACCUGGAGAUACUGGCAAAGAUGGACCCCGAGGAAUGCCUGGUGUACCAGGUGAAGCAGGAAAGCCAGGGGAACAAGGCUUGAUGGGGCCUCAGGGGCCUCCAGGACAAAAGGGUUUCCUUGGUGCACCUGGCAUUCCAGGAAUGGAUGGACAAAAGGGUGAACCGGGUGUAAUGGGGGAGAGAGGACCUCCUGGACUUAAGGGUGAUCCUGGCCACCGUGGGGAAAGGGGCGAUAUUGGGGAAAGUGGACCCAAAGGUGAUGCAGGAGAAAAGGGUGACCCUGGAUCUUCUGCUGCAGGAAUUAAGGGAGAACCUGGAGAAUCAGGUCGUCCUGGACAAAAGGGUGAACCUGGACUUCCUGGACUACCAGGAUUACCUGGGAUUAAGGGUGAACCAGGUUUCAUAGGUCCACAGGGAGAACCUGGGUUACCAGGAUUGCCAGGGACAAAGGGUGAAAAAGGAGAAGCUGGACCUCCUGGGAAAGGUGAACGAGGUGAGCCUGGCGCUCCAGGGCCAAAGGGGAAGUCAGGCGAAGCGGGAGCUAGAGGCCCAAAAGGGUCGAAGGGUGAAUCUGGAGACAAAGGUGGCUUGGGUGCAACAGGCCCACGGGGACCACCUGGACAAAAAGGUGAUCAAGGAGCCACAGAAAUUAUAGACUACAAUGGCAAUAUCCACGAAGCUUUACAGAGGAUUACCACCCUAACUGUCACGGGUCCUCCAGGGCCACCUGGACCACAAGGAUUGCAGGGGAUAAAGGGUGAACCUGGAUCUCCUGGACUACCAGGUGCUGAUGGGGAGCAGGGCCUUAAAGGUUCAAAGGGUGAUGUGGGUGACUCUGGAAUACCAGGAGAAAAAGGAGGAAUUGGACUCCCAGGAUUGCCAGGAUCCAGCGGCAUGAAAGGAGAAAAAGGAGAUGUUGGCUUGCCCGGUCCUCAAGGUCCCUCUAUCAUAGGACCACCAGGACCUCCAGGCCCACAUGGUCCUCCAGGACCUAUGGGACCUCAUGGACUACCCGGCCCAAAGGGUAUGGAUGGCCCAGUUGGUCCACAUGGCCCUGCAGGACCAAAAGGAGACAGAGGUGAAAAGGGAGUUACUGGAGACCCUGGGCCCAGAGGACCAUAUGGCUUGCCUGGAAAAGAUGGCGAACCUGGCCUUGAUGGUUUCCCUGGUCCUCGUGGAGAAAAGGGUGAUGUAGGAGAAAAGGGAGAAAAGGGAUUCCGUGGAAUUAAGGGGGAAAAGGGGGAGCCAGGCCAGCCUGGUCUGGAUGGGCUGGAUGCCCCUUGCCAAUUGGGGCCAGAUGGGCUACCGAUGCCUGGCUGUUGGCAAAAGUGAUGAAUCUAACUUUGCAAGCAUGAAGUUGUGUAUAUAACGCUGCACCUCUUGUAUUUAUAACUGAAAACAGAACCAUUGAUUUUACAAGUUUGAAAAUACGUUUACACGUAGCUGCUUCUACUUGUUUGCAAUGGUCCAUGCCGACAUCUGUUCUUCACAAUACAUCUUCAAUCUGGCAAAUAUAAACUGUGUGACAAGCUUGCAAAAUCAAGUAAUAGUCACUCUACAGAGCUCAUCUCUGCAGAGUGAUUGCUUGUAGACACUUCACUUGUUUUCUGUUUUGGUUUGUUUUGUUUUGGCUUGUGGGCCUGCGGGGACAGCAAGUGUCAUGAACUAGUUUACAUGAAAUCGUGACCAAAUAAUGAGCUUAAUGCUAUCAAAAGUACUGUAUCUGAUUGCCAUUGGAAUAUAGUGACUUUGUUUCUAUGUUUACAUUCAUAAAUCUUAUUUCUGGUUGGUACUCCUCCCACCCCAUCACUCUUGUAUUUGCUUGUGCUAACUAAAAUCAAAAGCAUGAUCUGUGCACCAAUACAGCUUGUUGUGUGAUCAUCUCAUAUGCUUCAAUGGUUGCUGGCUGUCAGUUUGAAUUUCCGACAAUUGAACUGUUCUUUUUGUCAUCUCAAGGGAGUCACACCAUGGCUUAUUGCAAAAAAAUGAUAAAAGGAGGCGCUUAAGACAUUGGUCUCGGAUUUGGAAGGAAUUGCCGUUCCUUCUAACAGUGGAUGACUUUCAGUCUUCUGAGUUACGAAGCCACCUUUGUCAAAACAAAAAAGGUGAUACCUGCUCAUCAGCUUCCUUUUGCUCAUGCUGCUGACAGUCCCACGACAAUCACACUGGGUGGAUUUGCGUACCGGGCCCUAUAGACUGUGCAACCGUGAAGGAAAGAAGUAUGAAGAUCUAGUUUUGUGAGUUGGAUGACCAAGUUGCAGAGAGAUUCCAACGGAUCAUUUGGUGAUAGGUCUCAGUAUCACCUGGAGGACAAAUAUGGACUUCUUUGAGGAUUUCAGCAAUACAGUAUGUGCUUCACAUAUUGUAUUUUGCAUUUGUUUUGCAAGGGAAGAGUUCUUGAAAAAAGAAACCAUAAAAUGCCGUCCUCUCAAAUAAUGGAAUAGAUUUGAC